CAGCAGUAGUAGCAGUAGCAAGAAAACGCAAGAUUGCUUUGCUGGGUCGUUCGGCCGUUUUUAUUGUUGUUGGAUUUAAUGGUGGUGGCCUCACCACCAUGACCAGCCGUCGAGCUAUACUUAAUGUUAACCUGGAUGCGGUCAUGGCCAAUGAUCCAUUGCGCGAGUUGUUUGAAGCCUGCAAAACGGGUGAUAUAGCCAAAGUUAAAAAGCUGAUAACAACACAGACAGUGAAUGCUCGUGAUACAGCAGGACGUAAAUCGACACCUCUACAUUUUGCAGCAGGUUACGGUCGCCGUGAGGUUGUUGAGUUUCUGCUUAACAAUGGUGCUUCCAUACAAGCCUGCGAUGAGGGUGGCCUACAUCCCCUACAUAAUGCCUGCUCAUUUGGCCAUGCGGAAGUAGUGCGGCUCUUGCUUAAAGCCGGGGCAUGUCCGAACACCACAGACAAUUGGAAUUAUACACCCCUGCAUGAGGCAGCCAGCAAGGGUAAAGUGGAUGUUUGCAUAGCUUUGCUGCAACAUGGUGCCAAUCCGAAUAUACGCAACUCGGAGAAUAAGACCCCUUUGGAGUUGGCCGAUGAGAAUACAAGACCGGUGCUGACGGGCGAAUAUCGUAAGGAUGAACUUUUAGAGGCGGCUCGAUCAGGAGCCAAGGAACGUCUGUUGGCCCUGCUGACACCACUCAAUGUUAAUUGUCAUGCUAGCGAUGGUAGACGUUCAACACCUUUACAUUUAGCAGCGGGUUAUAAUCGGAUAGCAAUUGUCGAAAUUCUGUUGGCACAUGGCGCGGAUGUGCAUGCUAAAGAUAAAGGUGGUUUGGUGCCAUUACACAAUGCCUGUUCGUAUGGUCACUUUGAGGUGACCAAACUAUUGAUCAAGGCCGGUGCUGAUGUCAAUGCCAAUGAUUUAUGGGCAUUUACGCCGUUGCACGAAGCUGCCUCUAAGAGUCGAGUCGAAGUAUGUAGUCUGCUCCUGAGCAAAGGUGCCAAUCCCACGCUGCUCAAUUGUCAUAAUAAGUCGGCGAUUGAUUCGGCGCCAACCAGGGAACUACGUGAAAGAAUUCACUAUGAAUACAAGGGUCAUUGUGUCUUAGAUGCUUGCAAAACAGGAAAUAUUCCACGCCUAAAGAAAUUCCUCUCUUCCGAAACGGUAAACUUCAUACAUCCUUACUCCGGCGAUACACCUCUACAUGCCACAGCGGUAUCCAUAGAUCCCAAACGAAAACAGAUAUCAGAGCUGUUGAUACGCAAGGGUUCCCUCUUGAAUGAGAAAAACAAGGCAUUCCUUACACCGCUGCAUGUGGCAGCGGAACAAUUACAUUAUGAUAUUAUGGAUACUCUCUUGAAAAACGGUGCCAAAGUCAAUGCCCUCGAUGGUCUGGGCCAGACGGCUUUACACAAAUGUGCUCGUGACGAACAGGCCGUGAGAUUAUUGCUGUCGUAUAAUAUUGACACCACGAUCAUUUCGUUGGAAGGUUAUACGGCUGCCCAAUUGGCCUCGGAUAGUGUUUUGAAGAUUCUCAAAGAUCCUCCAGACACUGAGACACAUUUGUUGGAAGCUGCCAAGGCAGGGGAUUUGGACACAGUACGGCGCAUUGUUUUGGCCAAUCCGCAUUCGGUGAAUUGUCGCGAUUUGGAUGGUAGACAUUCAACACCGCUGCAUUUUGCCGCGGGCUUCAAUCGUGUUCAAGUGGUGGAAUUUCUAUUGGAGCAAGGGGCCGAGGUGCAUGCAGCCGAUAAGGGUGGUCUGGUGCCUCUACACAAUGCCUGCUCCUAUGGGCAUUUUGAGGUGACCAAGCUGUUGAUCAAGGCGGGGGCUAAUGUGAAUGUUUCCGAUUUAUGGAAGUUUACGCCACUGCAUGAAGCUGCCGCCAAGGGAAAAUAUGACAUAGUGAAAUUACUGCUAAAACAUGGCGCGGAUCCCACAAAGAAGAAUCGUGAUGGUGCCACACCUGCUGAUUUAGUCAAAGAGUCCGAUCAUGAUGUGGCGGAACUGUUGAGAGGCAACUCGGCCCUGUUAGAUGCUGCCAAAAAGGGAAAUCUUGCACGAGUCCAAAGGCUGGUGACCCCUGAAACCAUCAAUUGUCGUGAUGCUCAGGGUCGCAACUCGACUCCGCUACAUUUGGCCGCUGGCUAUAACAACUACGAAGUGGCCGAGUACUUGCUCGAGAAUGGGGCAGAUGUAAAUGCCCAAGACAAGGGUGGCCUAAUACCACUCCAUAAUGCCUCUUCGUAUGGGCAUUUGGAAAUAGCUGCCCUACUCAUCAAACACAAGACUGUGGUAAAUGCUACCGACAAAUGGGGCUUCACACCCCUGCACGAAGCAGCCCAAAAGGGACGCACUCAGCUGUGCUCAUUGCUUUUGGCCCAUGGGGCCGAUUCAUAUAUGAAAAACCAAGAAGGCCAAACACCCAUUGAAUUAGCCACGGCAGAUGAUGUCAAAUGUUUGCUACAAGAUGCCAUGGCCACAUCAUUGAGUAGCUCAGCACUGAGUGCUUCCCAGCAAUCAUUACUUAGUAACAAUUCCACUCCUCUGGCACCGGUUACAACGACAACAGCUGCAGCCGCUGCCGCUGCCAAUAGUUUAUCGACCACCAAUUCCAAUGUGGCAGCUUGUACGGUGUUAUCGCCCAGCACUGAAACCGUUACUCUGCCUUCGGGUGCUUCAAUGACCCUAAGUGUUCCUGUGCCUCUUCCUUUGUCCACACGCAUUAGUCCAGCCCAGGGUGCUGAAGCUAAUUCCACCGAUUUGGGUGAAGAUGUUGCUGAUCCCGAGUCAAUAACCAACAUUGCCAGUUUCUUAAGCAGUCUACAACUAGAACACUUAACUGAUCUCUUCGAGAGGGAACAAAUCACCUUGGAAAUACUUGCAGAAAUGGGCCAUGAAGACUUAAAACAAGUAGGCGUUUCAGCCUAUGGUUUUCGUCAUAAAAUCCUAAAGGGCAUUGCUCAAUUGAGAGCAACCACAGGCAUUGGCAACAAUGUCAAUCCUGGAACACUGCUAGUUGAUCUUUUACCCGAUGAUAAAGAAUUUCUAGCAGUCGAAGAAGAAAUGCAAGCCACCAUUAGAGAACACAGGGAUAACGGUCAGGCAGGUGGCUAUUUCACGCGUUAUAAUAUUAUAAGGGUGCAAAAGGUACAAAAUCGUAAGCUGUGGGAACGUUACGCUCAUCGCCGUCAAGAAGUUUCCGAGGAGAAUACGAUGCAAGCCAAUGAACGAAUGCUCUUCCAUGGUAGCCCCUUUAUAAAUGCCAUUGUACAAAAGGGAUUUGACGAAAGACAUGCCUAUAUAGGGGGCAUGUUUGGAGCUGGCAUUUAUUUUGCUGAACACAGCUCGAAAAGUAAUCAAUAUGUAUAUGGUAUUGGAGGAGGUAUAGGAUGUCCAUCGCACAAAGAUAAAUCGUGUUAUAUGUGUCCAAGACAAUUGUUGCUGUGCAGAGUGGCUUUAGGUAAAUCAUUUUUACAAUAUAGUGCCAUGAAGAUGGCUCAUGCACCGCCUGGCCAUCAUUCGGUUAUUGGUAGGCCUUCGGCUGGAGGUUUACAUUUUGCCGAAUAUGUGGUCUAUCGAGGUGAACAGGCCUAUCCCGAGUAUUUAAUCACCUAUAAAAUUGUCAAGCCAGAGGACAGUAGCAGCGGCACCGAGGAAACAAGAUGAUGGAUGCCCUCUGUUGGUUCUACACCCACUACAUCAUCGCCAGCCCUGCAACAGCAACAUUCAACACAAUCUUUGGCUCCUUUACACACCACAACUCAUUUGCCACCGCAACAUUCCUCAAGUAUUGCGCUACAACAGCAACAUGCCAAAAUACAACAGCAACACUCACUGCCAUUGCAGUUACAAUAUCAAGUGACCACCACCCAGCCAUCGCCGGCGGGCAUGUUUAUUAGUCAGACGGCAGGCAUUAUAAGCAGCACAGCAGCUUUGGGCAACACCUCGUCGUUUUUCAACAAUGCCACUUCGGGUGCCGACAUUUCGCCCACAUCGUCAACUGCCUCAUUUUCGUCGGUGGACACCAAUCAGACCUUGCUAAAUUCUAUAGCUAAUCAGCAGCAGGCCUCAACUGCGGCAAAUCAUUCGUCUUCGUCGCACAAAGCCUCGUAUUCUUCGGGACAUAGUUCCAGUUCAAAGGCUGUGGUGCCCUCGACAAAUCGCUCAUAUCGCACUAAAUACAGUCAAUUUAUGAUUAUCACCCCGGCUGUUUCCAUAGAUAGAGAUUUCGAUCGCACCGACAAUCUCUCCUCGAAUGCUGCCGAUAAUCAUGGCUUCCAUACGGCCGAAGACGAUCCCUAUUUUCCCCACAAUGGCAAUAUAUUUCGCUUUAACAAUCUGCAGACCAGCAUAGAUAGUGGCAACAGCAGUGACAGUGGUUCAUUUCGCUCAAAUUACAAUCCCUAUUUGCACAAUAGUCGGCAGCAUUUGUUGCCCAAGUCGGCACCGCCUUUUUACAAUUUUUCGCCCUCUUCGUGGCGUUGGUGUAAUCUGAUUUGUGCAGCAAUGCGUUGUUUUGGAGCAGGCGGAGGUGGUGGCGCUGGUAGCGGACGCAAUCGAAGUGGUCUCUACAGCAGCACUUCCUUUGGUCGUCCUCCCUAUCAGCGUUCCCGCAGUUCGGGACCACAUACCUCGUCGAAAACGCCACAUCGUCGUUUACGUUCGUAUUCGACUUCUUCGUUUACGCCCGAAACAGCCUUUGAGCAUUUCUCGGCACCGUUUAAGGCCAGAAAAACGCGAGACGAACAAAAUAACAUUGCCUAUGAGUUGUGACGCUGGUUAAGAUCACGCUAUGGAUCCCAACACCAGCAACUAGAGCUGAAGCAUAUACAAAUAAGGCAGAAGAUGCAGCAGCAUGAAAUUAAUCUUAGACUUCCAAUAAAUAAUGAUCUCUCUUUUUUAUUACGACUACUACUACUAUUCCUCAUCAUAAUCAUCAUCAAUAAGCUCAUUAUGAUAGUAGGAGAAGAGCAACAUGAAGAAGCAGAUGAAGACUACAAAGAAGAAGAAAACAUUGAGAAAACACUCGCAAUAUUUUCACCUAAUCCCCACUUUAAACCUAUGGUAAAGUACAUGCAAAUGUAUUUCGUAUUUUAAAAACAAAAAUAUUUGACAUAAACAUACACUUUUAAUUUUAAUUUUACAUAUUCUAUUCUAUUAUUUUAUUUUUUGUAUAGAGUUUUUAUUAAAUUUAAUUUUUUAGUGUAAAAAAAAUACAUAUGAAUAUUUAUUUUCGAAACAAAAAAAAAUUAUGAAUAUUUUUUUUAUAUUUUUAAUGGACCAGGGGAAAUAAUUUCAAAAGUUCGUUUUUAUUAAAUUAAACUUUGGUAUACCAAUAUUUUGAAGCUGGGAAAAAUAUUAUCCAAUGCGAUUGGCCACCUAAUUACUGAUUGCUGCUAUUGCACGACAUGUGCUGUCACUUUCUAUAUCCACAUGACUUUUGUACGUUAGAUACGAAUAGAGCGCGUGUAUUCUCAUACGUAUUGUACUAUUUUUUAAUGGACAUGUUUCUACAUAUGUGUUCGAUGAAAUAAGAGCUCACUUUAUUCGAAAUAAUUGCUUAAAUAUUCCAAAAACCAUUAUUCAUAUUUAACGUUUUGUAAGUAUCGCAAGAUGUGUACAACUUUCAGAGUUGCUACUUUUGAAAAAAAUUUGUAAGAGAAUAUAUCGUAUAAUACCAGCUUUUGCGCGACUUCAAAUGCAAAUCAACGAGAAAAUUGGAAUGAAAAAAGAAUGAAGCUGUAAUUGAACCAAUUUUGUUGCUUUUGGAUUAAAAAUGUUUGCGCUUUGCUGUAAACUUUUUUUAAUUUAUUUGGGUUUUUCAAUGUUUUGGUUUUCUCUCCUUAGCCUAUUUCUUAAGAGAAAUGAGAAGAAGGAAAGGAGAGAAAACGUCAGAUUUCUAUUCGUUGCAACUCAUAGCCAUUUUUUGCUGAGUUCGAUGAUUUAUUUUAUGUCUUCCACUGUCUAUGCACCGGUAACUCUUCGGCAUGCGUCUGUUCAUCAUCCCAGUCAGAAAUUAACAUAAUUUGUGGAGGAUUUGGAUCGAGAUGUUGUAAGUCCCAUUUUCAACGAUUUGCGGUAUUCUGAACACUUUUCACUUUCACAGAUGACAUUAUCCAACAGUGCUGCCACCCGAAAAACUUAAUUCAAUAAAAUAGCCCGUAAGCCAUAGACAUUAGAAAAGAGUAGAUGAACCGUCGUAUCAACAAAAAAAAAAAAUGGCUAUGAGAUGCAACGAAUAGAAAUAUAACGUUUUCUUCUAUUUCUUUCUUUAGAGAAAUGAGAAAGAGGAAAUGAGAGAACCAAAAACAUUAGUAAAUUAAAAAAAAAGUUAACAGCAAACCGAAAACAUGUUUUGUAAAAAAAAAAUUUCUAACUCAGAAGCAAAAAAAAUUACAAAAUUGGUUUAAUUGGGGCAAAAAUCUUUUUUUUUCAUUCACAACACCUUUUUUGCCCAUUCACAAUAAUCUGUUGCUCGUUUAUUUCUAUUCGUUGCAACUGGCAGAAAUCAGCAAGCAAAAAAAACUUGCUGAUUUCAUUCAGUAGGACAAUUGAAUAUAUGACAGCUAUAUCAGGUUAUGAACUGAUUUUAACCAUUCUAAGCACAGUUAUUGGAUGUCAAAACAAAACACUUCAUGCAAACUUUCAGCCAAAUAGGAUAAAAAAAAUGCGCCCUUUAGAGAAUAAAGAAGUUUGUAUUCUUCAUUAGUUUUUAUUUUUGGAAAAUUACCUCAAUUUGACCAACUUUGCAUAUACGCAACACUACAUUUACAAAAUUAUUGCAGGCGAAUUAAAUAAUUUUUUCACGCCGGGCUCUUUAUUACUCAUUUACCUCUUUUAAUUAAGUUGUUGAACGUAUUUUUUUUUUUUUUUUUUUUCAAAACGAAUUUGUCAUCUUCGCUCUCGGGAUAAUAGCUACUAACUGAACACGUGCACAGCUGACUACCAUAUUAUCAGCUGUAGCCAUAAACAACACAUGACGUUAUAUUUUUGCGAAGAAUCAAAGAAAAAUAUGUAAAAUAGAGGUACUUAGACGUCCAUAAACUCAAUGUUGCAUAUUCGCAACAUCGGGCAUGAGAGGGUUAAGAGACACCUGAGUAAGGCUAUUAAAGCUAAAGAAAAGGUGUUUUAGUCUCCGGCUUAUCACAUAUCCCGUCAUUUCGGUAUCAUUACGGGACACAUGGGACUACGAUCUCUCUUGUGCAAAAUCGCUGCGACAAAUGAUAGCAAGUGGAUGACAUACGGGAGACGUUGGAGCAUUUCCUAUCACAUUGCCCGGCUUUUGCGGCUUAUAUACCCCGGUACUUAGGUCGGUACACAAUAACAGACAUGAAUGAACUUAGGGGAGUGGUAUGGAAAAUAAUUAAGGAUUUUGUAAGUAGCGCGGAAAUUCUAACAUAGAUUUUCUUUUCGAGGCUACUUUUAAAUAUCUAGAGCGCACAACAAGUCGAUUACUGGUUUAGGUGUAUGUCCAUUGUAGCAUGUGGCGAAUUACCAUCCAUACCCUCUUUUCAACCUAACCUAACCUACCACGUAUCCAUAGCCAAUAGCCGUUUAUGUCAUUUAGUAUGGUAGCUAUAAACAAAUCGUCACUUCUUCGUGUUCUUUUCACGCCUUCUCACUCCAUUUAAUGCACCGUUAGAGCCAAAAGCGCAUUGUACACAAAAUUAUGCGACGUUUCUAUUCUGUAUUUAGUACUUUUAGCUUUUUCCUUUCACUUUUUUAUACCCUCCACCGAUGGAUGGGGGUAUAUUAAUUUUGUCAUUACGUUUGCAACACAUCGAAAUAUUCUUUUCCGACCCUAUAAAGUAUAUAUAUAUAUAUAUAUAUUUGAUCAGCGUAAAAAUAUAAGACGAUCUAGCCAUGUCCGUCCGUCUGUCUGUUGAAAUCACGCUACAGUAUUUAAAAAUAGACAUAUUGAGCUGGAACUUUGCACGGAUUCUUUUUUGUCCAUAAGCAGGUUAAGUUCGAAGAUGGGCUAUAUCGGACUAUAUCUUGAUACAGCCCCCAUAUAGACCGAUCCACCGAUUUAGAGUCUUAGGCCCAUAAAAGCCACAUUUAUUAUCCGAUUUUGCUGAAAUUUGGGACAGUGAGUUGUGUUAGGCUCUUAGACAUCCUUCUUCAAUUUGGUCUAGAUCGGUCCAGAUUUUGAUACAGCUGCCAUAUAGACCGAUAUCUCGAUGUAAAGUCUUGGACCCAUAAAAGGCACAUUUAUAAUCCGAUUUCACUGAAAUUUGACACAGAGACUUAUGUUAGGCUCAGAUUAUUUUUAGAUCGGAUUAUUUUUAGAUAUAUCUACUAAAAAGACCAAUAUUUUAUUAUACACCAUUGAACAAUGACUUGUACUUAUUAGUAUUUGGUCCAAAUCGAAGCAUAUCUCGAUAAAGCUGUAUGGGGCAUAAGUUAUGCAUUUUUCACCGGAUUUUGACGAAAGGUGGUUUAUAUACAUAUAUACCCGAGUUGGUGGGUAUCCUUAACGCUUUUUUGCUUGUUUUUACUUUCUGCAACAUUUGGAUCAAUAAUAAAUAUUUGCACCCAAAAAAAGCUGUAAGUUGAAUUGAUAACAUUUCGUGUCAGCUAAUCUGUAGCGUCUAACCCGUCCCAUAGUUAACGAAUAUUGAAAUCAAAAUUAUACUUUGGAGCUAAGACAAUGACAAUAGCUGUGUUUUAUUUUAUACUAUAUAGUGCAGUGCAAUGAAAUUUAUAUGAAAAUGACAUCUUUCCAGGACAACGAAGUUCUGGAUAAAAUUCCAAUACCAGGCUUAUGGCUGGUAUAUGUUCGUUUGAAAAAUCAUGUUUUUCGCGAUUACUUUUUCAAAACAUCACACACUUAACAAUGAUAAAAUUACAAUUUUUUUUAAAUUUUACCAUAAGUAAUGUGGGAUUGCCAUACUGAAUAAAAUCAACAAAGUUUCUUUGCUUUAAACUCUAUUAUCUAAAAAAAGUAAUCGGCGAAAAUAUGGCGAAAAACGAAUAUUGCCAUGAUAUGUUUUGCACAAAUAAGUGUGGCCAUCAUCUAUUAUGCAUAACAAAAUAAAAUUUAAAACCAAUUAUUUAUACAAAUGUAUACACAAAUUUUAAUACAUUUUUUCGAGUCUAUGCCCACACAUGUUUUGAAAAUUUUAUUCAUAAAUUUUACAAUUAUUUUCACUUUUUUCUUCGUAUUGUUUUACAGGUAAAAAAAAAAUGCACUGGAAACUAUUUUUGCAUUUUACUUUUGCCCUUCACGGCUUUUCUAUCCAGUACUAAAAUAAAACACAGCUAAUAUUUACAUUGUUACAAGCUAUUUGUUUAAUUUUUACCAUUGCCGAUUAGCUUCGGCACGAAAAAUUAGAUAUUUAUAAUAUUAAAUUACUUUUGGACACUUCAGUUUAAUGCAAUUAUGUUUUUGCCGAAGAGUACCGUUAUGAUUUAAAACUACAGGGCUACCAUAUAGAAUGUAUUUGAAAGAAACACAUCAAAUUUACAUGCAAAUACCACAUAGAUGCAUUGUAAAGAAAAAAGUGAUGCUAAUGUUUUCUCCUUGACUGAAUGCAUGAAUGGCCUAGUACUAUUAGUACACGAAAAUUGUCUUCUAAUUCAUUGCUCAACAUGCCGCAAUCUAUUGGACGACUUAACAUAAAAAAGCCAUACAACGACACACAACAAAAGUAAAUUUAUUGAAACAGUUGUUGUUUGUUGACCUAGUUCGUGAGCAAUUAAUUACUUUUGCUAUUAAUUGAAGCGAAAGUUAUAUUGACUCAGCGACAUGUCGCUGCUAUUUUGCUUAUAGAACUCAGUACCAUUUCUACAGAAUAUGUCCGCAUUUUGUUCGUAACCUUUUUUUUUAUAGUCCGUUUUGAGUUAUUCGGGCGAAAAGUCGAACUCAGUACUAGGCUUAUGAGAUUAAAAGCAUUGAAAAAUAGCAAAAGUCAUUAAAGGAAAAUUAUUUGCAUAUACUUUGCCGAACUAAUAAACCCCUUGUAACCCCACUCCACGAACUCCUUUCACCUAAUGAUACCUUGAAACUAUAACUCUAUAUUAGAUCCUCCUUCUCUUUAUCUCUUCUCUCUCUCUCUCUAUUUUAAUAUAAAUAUAAAUGUCUCUUUUUUAAAUAAUUCCUAGCCUCCUAGAUAUAAAAAACAACAAUAUACAAGAAAUAAAACCACUCGUAAUUAAAGUGUAUUUUAAUUAAAUUUAUAAAAAAAAAACAAACAAAAAGUCAUAUUUUUCUCUCUAUACCGUCGUAAAUGUAUACAAAAAUAAAAAAAACCCGCCACACUUACACACGCCCAAACAAAAAGAAAACACCAUAAUUGAGUAUAUAAACAAUUGAAGAAAAAAAUUAAAAAAAAGAACUUUAUAAAAUAACAUAAAUAAAUAAAAAAUUCCCUUCUCAUUCAAUACCUUUCUCCAUAUAUUUUUUGUCGUGAUUUAUAUGUAUUAUAUUUGAAAACAAAAUAAGAAACGUAAACGAAAAAAAAUAAAAAUAAACAAAAAAUAAAUUUAAAAAUAAAAAAAUCGACUUCUUAUCUGAAAUUGAAAGCGUCAAUACUCUGUUUACCAAUGUUUACAUUCACUCUCUCUCUCUAUCUCUCUAUGUGUAUGUACUACA